AUGGCAGAUCUGUUUACAGGACACAAUUUCCACUUCUUCCUGCAUGGGCAUCCACAAUACACAAAGUACAAGUCACUCGUGGACCUGCCAUCUGUGGAGAAAACCACAACAACUCCACUGAGAGAGCACUUGAUUGGUGACAUUUAUGACUUGCCGCAAGGAACCUUCGUUAUUGUCAGAGGAAAGAUUGUGCAGCUUGAUGAUGUUCAGAGCGUAUUAACUUCGUAUGGCGCACAAACAGAAGUUAGAAACCGCAUUGUAAGUGACGAAACAGCGUCAAUUCCAUUUGCCCUGUGGAGGCAACUAGCUUCAAGUCCAUUGUCUGUUAAUGACAAUGUCAAAAUUUACAAUGCAGUUGUGUCCAAAACAACUAAUGGAGAACCCAAAUUAUCAGGAAACCAGAAAACAACCAUUGAAUUCCUGGCACCAGAUGCAAUUCCAGUCACAAAAGGAAGCUCCAGCUACGAAGAGCAGGGUGAAGUUGUUGGCUUCAGCGACAUCAGUGUCUACAAAUCCUGUAGUCGGCAGCCCUGUCACGAAAAAAAACUCGUUCAGAAUAAAUGCCCAAAAUGCUUAACUAAUUAUGAUGAUGAAUCAAACAAAUUGUCAAUGUCGUGUUCUAUUGGGCUGUUACAAGAAGAAAACAUAACAACAGUAACAAUUUUCACACCACAAAUUCGUCAACUUAUUGAAGACCUUCAUCUGGAAGAAAAAAAUAACAGUAUUCUAGAAGAGCGAAUGCUCAAUAUUUUACCAAUCAAAGUUGGAUUCACUAGAAGCCCAAGAAAAGACUCAAACACGCUGUCACUUUUAAAAAAGCUGUAAUGCCAAACCACCACUCCUGUGUAUCAUUACACACUGCCAUUUUGGUGUUCUGCUCUUGUAAUUUACCAAUUGUGUGUUUUUUACCAGGUUUUCCAAAAAACAGGUCAUUAAAUUGGUGAAUGUCGGCGGGCAGAACAAUUCUUCCGAGCGCAACCCCUCCUUGUUAAAAUGUGUUAGUUCUC